CCUAUAACAUGAAUUUUUUCCCCAAUAAUAUUACAUUUUAGGAUGUUAUAAAUGUUCAUACAACUUGUACCUCCCUAAAAAAAAAAAAACUCUAAUUUAAAAACCCUAUAUAAAAAAUAAAAUUGAAUAAUAAAAUCGUGUGGACCCAAAUAUGUCCUGAAAGCCAUUACUACUAAUAGCAUCUCUUCUCUUUCUUCCCCCAUUUGUAAGAGUACACAUGUUUUCUCUCAUUUCAUCUUCUUUACUAUAACCCUUUUCUCACUUCUCUAGGUUUCUUUUUUCUUUUCCUAGGAAAGAAAACAAACCAAAAAAACACAAAAACCCUAGGAAAAAAAUAAUAAUAAUGGGUGAUAGCAUUUCAAGUUUCUUUGAUGAUCAAGAUUUGUGUGAUGCUACUUUCUCGGGGCUUCCGGCCUCGCCGGAGGACCUCUUUAGCAUCUUUGAUGCCUUAGAGAGUUUAAAAGAAGCAGCAGCAACAGGUUCCGGUUCUGGUUCUGGUUCUGGUUCUGGUAGUGUAGAUGAAGAUACAACAAAAGGAGGUUUUAUGAUGUCGUCGUUCCAAGACUUGUCUGAGACUGAGCUUGAUGCUCUUGAAGCCGAGUUAGGAGAUAAUGAUCAUCAGCCCAAGAGUAAGAGGGCUAAGAUUGUAACUUUAGAAGAAAGAGAAGAAACAGUAGGACAAGUAGGAAGUGAAGAUGGUAGUAAGAUAUCUCAUAUAACGGUGGAAAGAAAUCGAAGGAAGCAAAUGAAUGAGCAUCUUUCUGUCUUGCGUUCCCUCAUGCCUUGUUUCUAUGUCAAGAGAGGCGAUCAAGCAUCGAUUAUAGGCGGAGUAGUGGACUACAUAACCGAAUUACAACAACUUCUUCAAGCACUUGAAGCCAAGAAGCAAAGAAAGGUUUAUAAUGAAGUACUUAGUCCAAGAGUUGUUUCAAGUCCAAGACCUUCACCUCAAGUACUUAGCCCUAGAAAACCACCAUUAAGCCCUAGAAUUAACCUACCAAUUAGUCCAAGAACCCCUCAACCAGGAAGCCCUUAUAGACCAAGAAUGAAUAUUUCUUCAGCAAUGGGUAGUCCUAUCGACCUUUCGCCCUCAUCUUCAAGCUCUUCCAUUAACGAUUGUUUUCCUAAUGAGCUAGUGGCAAACUCGAGAUCUCCAAUGGCUGUGGUAGAAGUAAAGUUCUCCGGGCCAAAUCUUCUCCUAAAGACAGUUUCGCCUCGAAUCCCAGGACAAGUUGUGAAGAUUAUUUCAACCCUUGAAGAGCUCUCCUUUGAGAUUCUUCAUAUCAACAUUAUCACCGUUGAAGACACUAUGCUCAACUCGUUCACUAUCAAGAUUGGAAUUGAAUGUCAACUCAGUGCUGAAGAACUUGCUCACCAAAUCCAACAAACAUUCUGCUCUACUCCACUCAUUAAUUUUAAUUAAAUUUAAACCCUUCCUAUUUAAAUUAGUUAAAAUUACCAAUAUUCUCUCUCAAAUUCCACCCUAACUGUACUCAAGAAAAAAAUAUAUUCCAAUUACAUACUGUAAUAAUUAAUAAUUAUGAGGGAAGGAAUUGCAUUUACUGCCGUAUAUUUUACUGAUCAAGUAACUGUAAUUUUUUUUUGGUUUAAUUCUCUUUUUUAGGGUACAAACUGUAACUUUUUUUUUUUUUUUUUUUUCCCAUGAUUGUUUGUUCUCUUUUGUGUAACAUUUUUUUUCCUUUGUAGUUUUAGACUUUUAGCUAUGGUACAGAUACCAUGUUACUAUAGUUUUGAUUUUCACAUUUUUCAGCAAUGAAUUUCUAUUUCUUUCUUUAUAUAUUCUCCGAUAUCUCUGUAUAUUUAUUUUCAUAUACAUUUCGUAUUAGAUUAGUGUUUAAUUUAUAUUUUCCGCAAAGAAAAGCGCAGUGAUACAUUGAUAAGUUAUUUUUCUAAAAGGUAGUGAAUAAAGUUUGAUAAGUUAAUUUCCUAAAAGGUACUCCCUCCGUCAAUCCGUCCCUAAGUACAUGAAAUGUUAGACUUUUUUUAUUUUUUUUUUAUUUUAUUUUUUUUAUUUUUUUAUUCAUGCAUUAGGUUUAAACAUAAAUUUUUAUUAACAUAAUAAACAUAUAUUUUAUCGUAAAAUAUGUUGUUUGAUAGGUUUUAAUAUAAAGUUAUUAUAUACUUCGUAGUUUUUAAAAUAAUUUUUAGGCCAAAUUAGAAAAUAACACCUAUUAAAAACCCCGAUUUUG